AUGCUCCCCUCCAGCCGGAGCAACGCUGCCCGCGGUGGACCUCGCCCACUCCAGGCGCCCACCCACGUCCGGGUCGCCCCGGCCCAGCAGGCCCAGAUCGGGCCCAUGAAGCCCAGAUCUGGCCCGCACUCCAUCCUCCUCUCUCCGCCGCCGGGCGACACCGACCUCGCCGGACUCGAGGCGGCGGACCUCUGCUCGCCGAGGCUCUCCCCGGCCGAGCUUCUCGCGCCGCCACCUCCCGCACCGGCCACGCCCCGCGCCGCACCGCCGCGAGAUCUCGGCGACACGGACCUCGCCGGGCUCGAGGUGGCGGACCUCUGCUCACCGAGGCUCUCCCGGCCGAGCUUCUCCGCGCCACCACCUCCCGCACCGGCCACGCCCAGCGCCGCUCCGCUCCGCUCCUCUCCUCGCUGCAGCCCUGGCCGGACUCCGCCAUGA